UAGAUUACGUUUAGGAUGAUGGUCUUCGACCUUACGUGUAAGGAUCACGCGACAUCGUUGACCCCUGGCAUCAUGGUCCAAAUCGUCUUCCUCAAAGUAGCUUCCUCCCUUGAUUCUUAACUGACCCAAAGAGUCUCUUUCUCUGUGGAAAUACUAGUGCAAGCAAAAGUCCUCCCUUCUUUUCCCCUCCAUGGCGUUUCCUUUUUAAGAAGCUUGACUUUUGAAAUUGGCGUCUUUGCUGCUGUCAAGUUUGAGUUCAGAUAAUGGACACUUCAGGCCAGGAGAAGGAAGAUCGGAGGACUAGUUCUGGUAUGGGAGAUUCAAAUGCAAUGACCAUUGAAUUCCUCCGAGCACGUUUACUGUCUGAAAGAUCCAUAUCAAGAAGCGCAAGACAGAGAGCUGAUGAACUGGCGAAAAGGGUCGAUGAACUAGAGGAACAGCUCAGGAUAGUAUCUCUUCAAAGAAAGAAAGCUGAGAAGGCAACAGCUGAUGUUCUUGCUAUUCUGAAGAACAAUGGGAUCACUGACAUUUCUGAAGCAUUUGAUUCAAGCUCUGAGGAAAAUGAUUGUGAAUCCAAAGUGGGUAAUAAAUCCACUGAAGUGGAAGGGAGCUAUAUCAAUUCAAAAGUGGGAAGAAAUGACUCUGAAGAAUGUUCAGGUUCUGAUCAUGACUCUUCUCCAUUACCUGGUCGAAGCCUGUCCUGGAAGGGCUGCAAGAAUGCUCCAAAUUCUUCCAAUAAAUACAAGGGUUCUCUUAUGAGAAGACGGAGCAGUUAUGCAUCUGCUGGUUCUUCUUCCUCGAAACAACGUCAAGGAAAAUCUUGCCGCCGGAUAAGACAUAGAGAAUCAAGAUCAGUGGUUGAAGACGUUACAACAGAUUCAAUCAAGGUUAAUGAUCAAGGAAAUAAAGUUGCAAUCUCUUCUGAAGUCUUUCUUGGAACCAUAGACCAGCAACGUAAUAUCUUGAAAGCAGGUUCUGAAAGACAUGAAUGGAAAAAUUUACUGGAGGGUCCAAAUUCAAGUGGUUUAGGAAAUGGUGGAAAGACAUCCAAGAAUGAGCUCGAUUUUCACAGCUAUGCAGCAGAAAAAGAUAUGGAAAGGGCAGUGGAGUAUCAGGAACAGCUCAUUGAACGUUAUGAAGCAAUGGAAAGGGUUCAACAAGAAUGGGAAGAGAAGUUCAGGGAAAACAACGACAGCACUCCGGAUUCAGGCGAUCAUGGGAACCACUCUGAUGUCACUGAUGAAAGAGAUGAAAUCAAGUCCCAAGCUCCAUAUGAUUCUGGUACAGUUGCCUCCCAGGUCCAAGAGGCAAGGUCCAAGGUGGAGGGCCGUUGCUUCUCCACAGAACAAUUCAAAUAUCAGUCUAAUGGCUUGCUCCGACCUCUACAUGAUGCUAUGGGAAGCUUGAAUGAUAAAAACAGUGCUGAAUCUGCAGUCAAAGAUUCUGCAUUUCCAGUGGCCGAGGGAAAGCAGAAUCAAGAGAGCCUGAAGAGCAAUCAUUGUAUGCCUUCUGAUUGCUCCUAUAAUAACUUGCAUCUAGAUGUUCCCCAAGGGAUUCAGACAGAUAUUGUCUUCUCGGCGAAUAGAGAUGCUAGUUCUAGUUCCUAUAGAGAAGCUUCUGGGAGCCAAAAUGACUUGUUUGCAAGGGAAACAUCUAGUGGGUUUGAUGGCGUGCUGGAUGCACUUAAGAAGGCUAAGUUAUCACUACAACAGAAAAUGGGUACAAUUCCUUCAGCAGAAGCUGGACUGGUUCUUAAACCCACUGAACACUCAAUGCCAAUAGAAGUUGACGUCGGUAAAUUUCCCUUGCUGGAAGCUGGAUCUUUCGGAAAAGAAAUUAUUCCUUCUGUUCCUGCUAGAAGGAUUGGGGGUAACAUAGAGAUUCCUGGUGGAUGUGCUAGACUUUUUAGAAUACCUACAUUGUCAGACGAUGCCACUAAAGAUAAUUACGUGGGUUCAGGUUCUCAACUAGAUAUGGCAAACCAUUUUCCUGACGCAGGUGUUGCACGAACUGCUAGUGAUCAACUUUUUAUAAGCUCGUAUUUGCAUACUUUGCCAAGUUUUCAUGGUGGUGAUCGACUGCUUUCUGGUGCACAAUUUUCCAGGCAAACUUACAAGGAUACUAGGUCUAGUAUUUCAACCAUCCCGUCUUCAGAUGUUCCAUCUGUUUCUACAAUGGAUCAUCGACAGUUCACUAUCAAGGCAGAGAGUGGAUCAAGAAUAUCAACUGAGAAACCAAAUUUUGAUAAUUUCUUAAGUUCAAGUCUGCCCCCUGGCAGUCAAUACACCCAUCCCUCAUUCCGUACACAUCCUGACUUGAGUUCACGGCUGCUGUCUGAACAAGAGUUUCCAACAUUCCGAUCAAGCCAGUCAGUUGGGAUACCUCCCGGUAAUCACUUUGCAUUUUACAAUGAUCACUUGAGACCAGAUAUGUAUAGAUAGUUUAGCGAUCUCUUGUGUUAUUCAUGGUAAUCUCAAGGAAGAAGAUUUCGGAAAUAGUCCUGUAGGAUCUAUCAUUGCAAUUUGCUUUUGUUGUAAAAUAAAUAGUAGUAUUUGGUGUUAUAGCUGGGGAGAAAUAGAAUUUGUAAAGAGCAAUGACUUGCAUCGAUUCAUGUCUUGUCCCCUCUGAACAAUAAUAUGUUCAAAAUCUUAUCUUGUUUCCAUCUCUUGAUCAAACAAGGACAAAUACUCUUUGACUUUCUCAUGUAAAUAUGAUCGUAUAGAAUAAUCCAGUCAUGUUUGAUGAUCAAA